AUGGACGGAACAUUUUUCUAUAACUUUAUAAAGAAUCAUUUUAAUUUGUGCUUUGGAAAAGCCGGUCCUAAAGCUGAUAGAAAGCGUCUAUUCGUAAUGGACAAUGAUCCAUCCCAGACAAGCAAAAAGGCAAUGUCUGCCUUAAAAGAAAUUGAAUGUGAACUUCAUCAAAUCCCAGCACGCUCACCCGAUGUAAACCCUAUCGAAAAUGUGUUUCAUAUUGUUAAAACUAGUCCGGAAAAAGAAGCUAUUGACUUACAAAUAAGGAAAGAAAGUUUCGAUGAGUUUAAGAAUAGAGUUUUGCGUUGCUUUGACAAUGUAGAUAUGAGCAUUUUAGAUCGCACAACUGAGAGUAUGCCUAAACGCAUCGAGGCUAUAUUAGCAUCGAAGGGUAAGCGAAUUAAGUAUUAAUUAUGUAAAUAUGUCUAAGAUUUCCAUGAUAUAUACGAGGUUAAUUUGAAAUACUCAUAGGUACCACUAACGUUAAUGCAAAUAGAAAUAUAUAAGUAGAAACCAUAUAAUUAUGUAUCUAUAUUUCCAUGUAUUUCAAACUAUAAUCAAACUUUAUUUGUAAACUAAAAACAUUUAUGAUAUCAACGAAAUAACAUGAAAAACUUUAAAUAUGGAUUGUGUGUAUAUUUCAUUUUUAACGUGUAUUAAAAGUUAUAGUUUCCCACCAGCAACUGAGAUUCUAAUUAUAUCUAAAACGAAACAAACGGCAUGUGCUAUAUAUAGAUACAGGUAUAUAGUACUGUAGUACAGAUUGUUGUGUGACGGUCUACGUGCGACGGUCUACAAAAAUUAUAGCCUUUCAAAAUAACAAAUUAUUAAAACAUAAAACGAUGUUUUUAACGUUAGAAUUUAGCUUAAAUUCAAAUAGUUUGUUAUAAGGUAGCAACAACUUGAUAUAUACAAAAAUGAAAAUUUUACGACGGUCUACACACAAAUAGAUUAGCCUUAAUAACAAUUUAGCAAGAUCUCAUUAAUAUUCAAGAAUAGCACAUUUUAUGUGUAGACCGUGGGGAUUUGAGAUAUACGCCCUUUCCCAAACUGUGUAUUACAUUAACCGUAAGACUUUAAUCAGGUUAACACAUUGAAGAAUAAAUUACAAUCCUGGCCAAAAUCAUGUGGACAGGUAGGCUCAUAUGCGUUUAGGAUGGAUUUAAUGCUAUAACUUACGCCCCCACUCCCCCAAAACAAUGUUGAAAUCGUUUUCGCUUCGGCAACUCUGUAUAUAUCAUAUUGGACUGCAACAUUGAGAUGGGGGUGUGGGGGUUUGACAGAUAUUAUGCAAUAUAUCUAAAUGUAUUAUAUAAUUUGCGACAAUUUUGUACUGUCCACAAAGUUUUUGGCCAGGAUUGUACCUGUGCGUUAAACCAGUCUGCUGUUUACAAGGCUCUGUUUGAUCACGGUCGUAUUCUGUUCUCCUCGCCGUUAAACCUUUCGGAAAAAGAUCUGAUUACACAUUGUCAAGCAAUUCCAUUUGACGAAGCUUACCAGGACAAUCUGUAUCUAGACCAACGACAUCAACUUGUCCAGACACUCGACACCAAAUUGCAUGGAACAAUCACCAAAAGCAUGGUCCAGAAAAUCGCCAGCAGUGGCUUGAGCUUCGCGAAUUUACAAAGUCUGUUUGAUAAGUUUGGCAGGAAUGGGCUGAUUGGAGUUCUGCCUAGCCCGCCGACAAACAAUCGUGGAUCCAAAAAGCCAAGACUGACAAAAUCGAAGAGAAUUUUGCUUGCUAUCGUGCAAUACUUCGAACAAACCGCCAGCGAGCACUAA